AUGACAGCGGGAGCGACGGAGAAGGUUGAGCUGAAGGCUCUCGACACCGGUGACAAGCCAGCCGAACCUCACACGACCAAUACAAAGCCCUCCGGUGUGCAAGAUGAGAAGGGACCGGGCGAUGACAAGAGCGACUCGGACUCCGACACAGCCCAAGAGGACGAAGUCGCAUUCCGUCUCCGCGAGCUCGCGAAUGAGGAGGAGGACCGCUUCAAGGGCCUAAAGCGAGAGCACUGGUGGCAAAUAUGGAGGUCGAAGCAUGGCCCCCCGCCGCCGCGCAAGUCGCUCGACGAGGCGCCUGACCUACCUCUUGCGACAGCAAACAUCUUUUCGGUGCUGAGCUUUCACGCUACGGAUCUGUGGAAGAUGGACCCAUCGAGGGAAUCCGACCACUUAUCUAAUCGUUUCCUUGGAUACUUGCACCAGUCGCAGACCAAGGCUGACGAGUGGAACCGCGCUCACCCCGAUCCGCGCCCGAAGCGCCGGUCACGGUUAGGAUGGAAAAUCAAGGCGGCUACGAAGCGCAGGUUGCCGCCACAGUACGCCAAGUUCGGCCCUGACAAGAGUUAUCGCGAGCGUGUCAGGACGCAAGCAGCGCACUGGAAGGCUCACUCGCGCAAGCACGGUAACCUAGCGUUGGCUUUGUUCAAGACGUUCCCGACGUAUUGGUAUGCGGGGCUUUUCAAGGUGCUUGCGGACAUGACACAGCUUAUGAGCCCGCUGGUCAUCAAGGCGCUGAUCCGAUUCAGUCAGCAGGUCUACGCCGCAAACCAUGGCGACGGCAUCAAGCCCAAUAUCGGCCGCGGCGUUGGCAUGGCGAUCGGCCUCUUCUGCCUGACCCUCAUGCAGUCCGUGUGCCAGCACCAGUUCUUCUUCCGAUCUAUGGAGACCGGAGCGUUAGCUCGUGCGGCCCUGAUCAGCGCGACGUACAAGCAAGGUCUGAAGCUGAGCGUGGGAGCGCGCAGCCAGCAUCCGAACGGCAAGCUCAUGGCCUACCUCUCCAGCGACAUUGGGCCGAGCGCGCUCGUCGGCUUUGCCGUCUUCGUUUUACUCGCUCCGGUCCAGACAAACUUCAUGAAAACGUCGUUCCGCGAGAUGAAGGGCAUCCGCAUCAUCCAUCUCGUGCGCACAGCCAACCAGGCCGUCGCGACGAGUGUGCCCGCCAUUGCCGCCGUGCUUGCCUUCGUGACGUACACAUCAUACCACGACAGCCUCGACCCUGCACUUAUCUUCACCUCGCUCGCGUACUUCAACUACCUCCGCCAGCCGCUCAUGAUGUUCCCCCGUGCACUGUCUUCCCUGACGGACGCGCAGACGGCGAUCGAGCGCCUGACCGACUUCUUCGAAGCCGAAACGAUGGACGUCAGCAACCCCAUCGACCACAACCUCGAUGUUGCGGUUAGGGCAAACGAUGCGACGUUCCAGUGGGCUACCGUUCGUGCUCCAGAUGAGUUGAGCGAGAAGGCGGCUGGAAAGCCGGGUAAGGGCAAGAAGGGUCGCAAAGGCGUAAAGGAAGAGAAGGAAGACGCAUCUCCCUCCUCCACCGAGAAGAAGCCGGAAGAGGAACCGUUCAAGAUCGCAAACCUGAACAUGGAGAUUCCGCGUGGCAGGCUCGUUGCGAUCGUCGGACCGGUAGGCAGCGGGAAGAGUAGUAUCUUGCAGGGAAUGCGCAAGCUCGGCGGCAGUGUCACUUUCGGCGGCGUUCUGGGCUACUGCCAGCAAUCGGCGUGGAUUCAGAACGCAACGCUGCGAGACAACAUAGUCUUUGGCCAGAAGUGGAACGAGGCGCGGUACUGGCAGUGUAUCCGCUCCGCGUCUCUCAUCACUGACCUCGAGAUCCUGCCCGACGGAGACCUGACGGAGAUCGGAGAGAAGGGCGUGAACCUCUCAGGCGGUCAAAAACAGCGUGUGAACAUCGCUCGUGCACUGUACUUUGACGCAGAUAUCGUUCUGUUCGACGACCCCCUCAGUGCCGUCGAUGCUCAUGUCGGCAAAGCGCUGUUCAACGAUGCGAUCCUCGGUCUGAAGCGCGCCGGCAAGACUGUCGUGCUCGUUACCCACGCCCUCCACUUCCUCCCGCAGGUCGACUACGUGUACACCGUCGAGCACGGCAAGAUCGUCGAGGAGGGCACGUACGACGCACUCGUUGCCCGCGGUGGCGCAUUCAGUGCUCUCAUGGCCGAUUUCGGAGGCUCAGCCGCCGUGAAGGAGGAGAAGGAGGACGCCGCCGAGGAGAAGGCCAUCGAGGAGGCGGCCGACAUGGAGACGGAUGAGCAGAAACUCGCCCGCCUGGCAGCUGAGGACGUUAAAAAGGCGGCUGGCACAGGCAAGCUUGAGGGCCGCCUCAUGGUGAGCGAGGUGCGGAAGACGGGCUCGGUGGAGCGCAAGGUGUACGCCGCGUACCUAAAGGCAGGCAAAGGGUGGAUUACGCUCCCUCUCCUACUCAUCGCCGCAACGCUAAUGCAGGCGUCGCAAGUCCUCUCCACAGUCUGGAUCACGUACUGGGAGGUGGACAAGUUCCACCGCUCAAUGGGCUUCUAUCAGGGCAUCUACGCCAUGUUCGGCUGCUCGCAAGCGAUCUUCACCUUCGCCAUGGGAUCCGCAUUGGGGAUGCUCUGCUACUAUGCGUCGAACACGCUGUUCCGCUCCGCCCUGCGGCGUGUGUUCUUCGCACCCAUGUCAUUCUUCGACACGCAGCCGCUCGGCCGCAUCAUGGGUGUCUUCGGCAAGGACAUCGACACGGUCGACACAACGCUCGCCGAAGCACUGCGCAUGCAGACCAUGACUCUGGCUAUGCUCCUUGGCUCAGUCAUCAUCAUCACGGUCUACUUUCACUACUUCAUCGCCAUCAUCUUCGGUGUGGGAUGUGGAUAUUGGUACUUUGCGCAGUUCUACCGCACCUCGGCGCGCGAGGUCAAGCGUCUCGACUCGAUGCUGCGUUCUCUGCUCUACGCGCACUUCUCUGAGAGUUUGUCAGGCUUGGCAACGAUCAGAGCCUACGGCGAAACGAAGAGGUUCAUCCACGACAACGCGUACUACAUGGACCUCGAAGACCGUGCCUACGUCCUGACAUACUCAAACCAGCGCUGGCUCGCAAUCCGCCUGGACCUGCUGGGUGCUCUGCUCGUCUUCGCCGUCGCGAUCAUGUGCGCCGCAGGUGGAGGCGGUCUGCAGCCUUCCGAGAUUGCGCUCUGUCUCACGUACAUGACGCAGAUUACGCAAAUGUUCGGCAUGGUUACGCGCCAGAGCGCCGAGGUCGAGAACGCUAUGAACGCCGUUGAGCGACUUGCGUACUACUCGGACGGUAGUCUGCCGCAGGAAGCAGAGUACGAGGUCAAGGAGACGGAACCGCCUGCGGAGUGGCCCCAGGCCGGGUCCAUCGAGCUCGACAAGGUCGUCAUGUCCUAUCGUCCCGGUCUGCCACCAGUGUUGAAGGGCCUGUCGGCGCAGUUCAAGCACGGCGAGAAGGUCGGCAUAAUCGGCCGUACGGGUGCGGGCAAGACCUCCAUCACUGUCGCGCUCUUCCGUCUCGCGGAGCUCACCUCGGGACGGAUCCUAGUCGACGGCGUGGACAUCAGUACGCUGGGUCUAAAGACGCUCCGCUCCCACGUUGCCAUCAUCCCCCAGGACCCCGUCCUGUUCAGUGGGACGUUACGCUCCAACCUGGACCCAUUCGACGAGCACGACGAUGCGGCGCUGUACGAUGCGCUGCAACGCGCGAGUCUCAUUGACAGCGCCGAGGGCCAUGGACGAUGGACGCUCGACAUGGCCAUCGACGAGGAAGGUGCAAACCUUUCUGUUGGCGAGCGCUCGCUCGUCUCCCUCGCCCGCGCUCUAGUCAAGGACGCACGCAUCGUGGUGCUCGACGAAGCAACCGCAGCCGUCGACCUGGGGACCGACGCAAAAAUCCAGCGCACGAUCCGACGCGAGUUUGGCGGCAAGACGCUCCUCUGCAUCGCCCACAGGCUGCGGACGAUCAUUUCUUGGGACAGGAUUCUGGUCAUGAACGCGGGCGAGAUUGAGGACUUUGACACGCCCCUCAACCUGUUCGAUCGCGAGGGCUUGUUCCGGUCCAUGUGCGAUCGGAGCAAUAUCACGAGAGAGGAGAUCGUUCACGCCAGACAGGAGGAAAGGUUUGACGGGGAGGAGACUUAG